UUAGAAGAGUUGCAGAAGUACAUACCGUGUAAGCUGAGGAACUCCCUAUGUGUGCCCAUCCUUUGUAGGGUCACAGGUCAGGUGCUUGCUAUCACGUGCAUCGUCAAUAAGAUCAAUGGCAGUAGUUUCACAGAAAGAGAUGAGAUGGUUAUAAAGCAUUGCUUCACUUAUACGGCACCAGUCCUACAUAGUGCCAUUGUCUUGCAGAAUGAACGAAUCGUCCGAAAUCAAACCCAAGUUCUGUUGCAAGUCGCCAAAAAUCUUUUCAGAAAUUUAGGGGAUAUAACCACCUUGUUGAGCAAAAUUAUGCAGGAGGCCAGAAACCUAACACAGGCUGAAAGAUGUUCAGUUUUUUUGCUCGAUAAGGAAACGAACGAGUUGAUUGCAAAGGUCUUUGAUGGGGAUGUUUCCGAUCCUACAAUAAAGGUUUUUCGCAUAGCAGCUUCGUUAGGAAUAGCCGGGCAUGUGGCCACCACAGGUGAGAUGCUGAACAUUAACGACACGUACUCACAUCCGCUCUUCUACAAAGGCGUCGACGAAGCUACAGGGUUCAAAACCAGAAAUAUUCUCUGCUUCCCCAUAAAAAAUGAAUUAGGUGACGUGAUAGGAGUGGCUCAGCUGUGCAAUAAGUUGAAUGGAAACAAUUUCAACCAGAUUGAUGAGAACAUAGCCCAGGCGUUCUCCGUUUACUGCUGCAUUAGCAUCGUUCACAGUUUACUAUACAAGAAAGUGACAGACUCUCAACACAGGAGCAAGCUGUCCAACGAGCUAAUGAUCUACCAUAUGCAAGUGUCCCAGGAGGAAGUGAGCAGACUUUCGAAGGCCCCCAUCCAGCCCCCCCUCCUCAUCCACCCGGACAUCUGCAAAUUCUCAUUCAUUCCGCGAGGCAUUCCACCUAAUCUCAUGCCGCAAACAAUAAUUUCAAUGUUCCAAGACCUGGGACUCAUCAGUCAGUACAGAAUAAGAAUGGAUACACUUGCCAAGUUCGUACUGAUGACACGCAAGGGUUACAGGGACCCGCCCUACCACAACUGGUCGCACGCCUUCGCCGUGGUCCACUUCUGCUACCUGCUGCUUAAGAACACACACGCCACGUCCAUGAUUGAUUCACUAGAAGCAUUGGCUCUGUUUGUAUCUUGCCUCUGUCAUGAUAUUGAUCAUAGGGGUACAACUAAUUCCUACCAAGUUGCAUCCGGUUCGGUGUUGGCAGCUCUGUACAGCUCUGAAGGCUCUGUUCUUGAGAGGCAUCAUUUCGCUCAGACAGUCUGCAUACUGAACACUGAGGGUUGUAAUAUUUUGGAGAAUCUUGGACAACCGGAGUACAGACGGGCCUUGGACUUAGUACAGGACAUCAUCCUCGCCACUGACCUGGCUCAACACCUCAAAAAAGAAAGCCAGCUGAAGGACAUGGUCAAGAAUUACGAUGCAACUAACAGCCAGCAUAAACUCCUCCUGCUCUGCCUCCUCAUGACGUCAUGUGACCUCAGCGACCAGGCCAAGAGUUUCGAGAACUCCAAGACUAUUGCUGAGCGCAUAUACACUGAGUUCUUCUCGCAAGGCGAUCUCGAGAGACAGAUAGGUCGUGAUCCCAUGGAGAUGAUGGAUCGAAAGAAAGCAAUCAUACCAGACCUCCAGAUAUCAUUCCUUACAAGUAUUGCACUACCUGUCUACAGGUUGUUUGUAUGUCUGUGUGCGUGUGUGUCUGUGUAUCUUUGUGUGUCUGUGUAA